AUGCCUAUUGUUGGUGAACGUUCGAAAUUCUCAUGUUUAAAGAUUUACGAUGAUACGAGUUCGUCAAAUGACGAUAAUGAUGGCCCUAAGUUGAUGGGCGGAGCGGAAUCCGGCCAGAAUAAGAAUGAUAGAAAUCAAAAAAAGUCAUCGGCUACAUGCAAGAGUGGUGGUGGUCUCAUUGUCCAUUCCAUACCGCAGAAGCGGAAAAAUAAAGGCAAAAAAACCAAGAAGACAGCUGUCGUUAUGGAAGGUGGUUUCAUAGUGCAAGACGGAAAUGGCGAUUCUAUGGACAAGAAAUAUCGCGAGGACUUGCAGCAAGCAACGGAAAACAAUCGCGAAAUAGCUUCCACAGCAUCUGCCAAUCCAGUGCAAGAGAUAGCAUCGCCAGACCUCCAGAUAGAGGAGGAACCAAUGAGGAUGAAAGAUGAGGUAGAAAUGUUCAUAUCGGAAGUUGAUUCACAAGCUUCUAUUCUGUUCACAAAAAAUGAUGGACUUCAAAAGACUAAGGAGCAGUAUUUAGUUGCACUGUAUCGAUCAAAACUAGAGGAAACACUUAGGCAAAUGAUGUUAGAAAACGAAAUAAAGCUGAAAGCAGAGGCAGAAGUGACGAAAUAUAAAAGUCGUUAUAAGAAAUUGUGCGAAUUGUUAAAGGAUGCUGAAGUGAAUGAGAAAACACACAUGGCCGCAGAUCUCGAGAAAGCGAGAAUGGUGGAGAGAGAGUUAAGUUCUCAGAUUGGUGAGCUACGUGGAGAAUUGAUGCAGGCUCGAAGCAAAAUUCGAGAACUUGAAAUGAAAUGCAAAGAACUAGCCUCAAAACAGCAGCACUAG